CCGAAGCAACUUCACAAUGCCUCAAUCAAAUCCAGCCAGCGUUAUACGAUUUUUGCACACUAUUGAAAAUCUCAAAAGAACAAAGCGAACAGGUUGGUUGGAUAACGGUAUAAACCAACCAGAAUCGAUCUCUGACCAUAUGCAUCGUAUGGGAAUCAUGGCUAUGCUGGUGAAUGAUCCUUCGCUGAACAGAGACAGAUGUAUCAAAAUGGCAAUAGUCCACGAUUUAGCCGAAGCUGUUGUUGGAGAUAUCACUCCUCAUGCUGGUGUUAGUAAGGAAGAAAAAUACAAUUUGGAAAAGGCUGCAAUGGAAAGCUUUAAAGAAACUUUAGGAAAUACUCCAGAGGUCACUGAAAUUGCUGAUCUGUGGUAUGAAUAUGAGGAAGCCAAAACACAAGAGGCGUUAUUUGUAAAGGAUCUGGACAAAUUUGAGAUGGUAGUGCAAGCUCUUGAAUAUGAGAAAUCCGAUCAAAAAAGGUUACAAGGUUUCUUUGACUCAACAAUGGGCAAAUUUCAACAUCCUGCAGUAAAAGCGUGGGCUGAGGAAUUGUAUAAAGAGCGUAUUGAAGUGCUUAAACAGAUGGAGAAUUAACAACGAUUAAUAAGAUAAUUCAACAUCAUCUCUAACCAAUGUAAAAAUAAAAAUGAAUAAUAUCAGACUUUAUUAUUAAAAUGUUUGGUUA